CGCCUUCCCAGGAGCCCCUGCGGCCGGGCGCGAAGAUGGCGGCGGCGACGGCCGGACACCCCUAAAGCAGCUGCUAUGGAGCCACCCCCGGCACCGGGGCCGGAGCGGCUCUUUGACUCGCACCGGCUCCCAGGUGACGGCUUCCUGCUCCUCGCGCUGCUGCUUUACGCGCCCGUCGGGUUCUGCCUUCUCGUCCUGCGCCUCUUUCUCGGGAUCCACGUCUUCCUGGUCAGCUGCGCGCUGCCAGACAGCGUCCUUCGCAGGUUCGUGGUGCGGACCAUGUGUGCGGUUCUGGGACUCGUGGCCCGCCAGGAGGACUCUGGACUCCGGGAUCACCGCGUCAGGGUCCUCAUUUCCAAUCACGUGACACCUUUCGACCACAACAUCGUCAACCUGCUCACCACCUGUAGCACCCCUCUACUCAAUAGUCCCCCCAGCUUUCUGUGCUGGUCUCGGGGCUUCAUGGAGAUGGACGGGCAGGGGGAGCUGGUGGAGUCCCUCAAGAGAUUCUGUGCUUCCACGAGGCUUCCUCCCACCCCUCUGCUGCUGUUCCCCGAGGAAGAGGCCACCAAUGGCCGGGAGGGGCUUCUGCGCUUCAGCUCCUGGCCAUUUUCCAUCCAGGAUGUGGUACAACCUCUUACCCUGCAAGUUCAGAGACCCCUGGUCUCUGUGACGGUGUCAGACGCCUCCUGGGUCUCAGAACUGCUGUGGUCACUUUUCGUCCCUUUCACGGUGUAUCAAGUAAGGUGGCUUCAUCCUGUUCAUCGCCACCUGGGAGAAGGAAGUGAGGAGUUUGCACUCCGUGUGCAACAGCUGGUGGCCAAGGAAUUAGGCCAGAUAGGGACACGGCUCACCCCAGCAGACAAAGCAGAACACAUGAAGCGACAAAGACACCCCAGACUGCGCCCUCAGUCAGCCCAGUCUUUCUCUCCUUCGCCUGGCCCUUCUGCUGAUGUGCAACUGGCAACUCUGGCUCAGAGAGUCAAGGAAGUUUUACCCCAUGUGCCACUGGGCGUCAUCCAGAGAGACCUGGCCAGAACUGGCUGUGUAGACCUGACCAUUACUAAUCUGCUUGAGGGGGCUGUGGCUUUCAUGCCUGAAGACAUCACCGAGGGAACCCAGUCCCUUUCAACAGCUCCUACCCCCAAGUUCCCCAGCUCUGGCUCGGCGACACCUCAGCCCACAACCCUAACAUUUGCCAAGUCUUCCUGGGCCCGGCAGGAGAGCCUGCAGGAACGCAAGCAGGCACUGUAUGAAUAUGCAAGAAGGAGAUUCAAAGAGAGACAGGCCCAGGAGGCUGACUGAGCUCAAAGGAACAGAAUGGCACCCAGAGCCGCAGGACGGAGACUGGGGGCAGCCCUCACCCAACUCACAACAGACUGGAAGGGUGGGUGGUAAAAAGGGAGGGGUGGGGCUCCCCCAAUCUCACAUUAAAUUCAGGGUUUUCACUCAA